AUGGUAUUCACACACACUUGGGAUUUCACAGAAGUGACAAUCUACUCAUCAGACACUGGACGAUGGACUACGGUGGAGAGUGGUUGGAUUGAUAAGACUCCUAUUGGUCUUCCUGUCUUCCUGAAUGGUACUUUGCAUUUGAUGACCACUGAAUAUUCAAUAGUCACAGUAGACACAGAGGGGAAGGUUUGGGGGCAAAUUGAUAUUCCAGGCAACAUGCGAGACAGCUCUGAUUAUCCGUUCAUUGGACAGUCUCAGGGACGAUUGUAUGCUUGGUGUAUAAAUGAUAAUGUUGAUGUUUGCCAACUUUUAGUUUGGGCUCUUGAGGAUUAUGGUGGUGCAAAGUGGGCCUUGAAGGAUACUGUUAACGUUUCAGAACUGUUUGGAAGGGAUCGUUACAAAUAUGUGGAGCCCUUAGCAAUUCAUCCAGAUUGUGAUUUGAUUUUCCUUACCGACCAGAGGGGGAAGGCUAUCUCAUAUGAUAUGGACAGCAAGAAAGUGCAUGUUAUCGGCACUCACGAAACAUUCUAUGGUGCUAUACCUUAUGUUCCAUGUUUUGCGGAAUGGCCGUCAGAUGGUCACUGA